AUGCGGCUACCACCACCAGAAGUGCUGGCGUCUUGGCCACAUCCGAACCUCAUCGACCCUGAGACGCGAGGAAAAGUCCUACCAAUUGUCGAGCUUACGAUGCUUUCCAUCGCAUUGAUAUGUCUCAUCUUGCGCAUCUACGGCCGGAUACGGUAUACGGGAAGAACUGGGCUAGACGAUUGGCUCAUGGUGGGCGGAGCUCUCUGCGACACGGCUCUCACCGUCACUGUGGUCAUCGCGUUCCAACGGUUCGGCUGGGACAUGCAUGUCUGGGACCUCACCCCCUACAACAUCAUCGCUGGCCGCAAAAUAUCAUUUGCUACCCAGGCGGCGUUUGUUCCGUCCAGCUGCCUCACUAGGUUGUCGAUAUUGGUCGGCUUUCUUCGCAUAGCACCGAAGAAUAGCACAUUUCGCAAGUGUACAUACGGCAUGAUUGUUUUUGUGAUUGUCUUUACCAUCUCAUUCUUCAUCAUCCUAUUUACGCAGUGCAUACCCACCUCGAGCUACUGGAAUCUCAUGUACUACGAACGGGACUGCCUCGACGAAGGACAGACCCUGAUGGCCCAGGGGGUUCUCGCGGCCGUUACCGACUUUGGCAUUUGGAUGUUACCCUUGCCUUCCCUUUUCCACACGAAGCUACCGUGGAAAAAGAAGACCGGCCUCAUCACGCUUUUCGGCUUCGGCUUCGUUGCCGUGGCCGCCGCCUGUCUUCGCACCUACUGGAUUCACUACGUCGUAGAAGAAACAUACGACGUGACCUGGUAUGGGUUUCACCUCUGGAUGUGGACAGCCGUGGAGAUCCACCUCGGCAUCAUCUGCGGCUGCGCACCGUGGCUCAAGUCGUUCUUUAACUUUUGGCGAAGAGGGAAAAUGAAGCCGGUUACGGAUUUCACCGGGCCGGGGACUCACAAUACAUACCGUACUACUCCGACCGCGAGGAUGUCGGGAGGGAGUAGUCUGAUGGAAUCUACUUUGGUGAAGGCGGAUGAAGUUGAGAGGAUCCCGAAUGAGGGGGCAAAGGUGAAGGAGAUGGAGUGGGUAAGGGACCGAUACCAUUAUCCGCCGGAAUAUGUUGAUAUCGAAAACGGGUCCAACGGGUCGUCUGAUAUCAGCGCCUUUGAAUUAACACCGCAAUCGCUGCCGCCUGAUACCCCGGGAUUGGCGAUGUGA